AUGACAAAAGAAGACAGCUGGUUGUUGGAGAGCGCCCAAGUUUUACAUCCGCUUACACGAAGACGUUAUAUGUUCUUGUGCAACCACUGGUUUUCCCUGUAUAAAGAAGAUGGCCGAGUGGAACGAGAGCUACUUGGAGUGCGAAGUGUCGAAACUAAAUACACUAUUCUUGUGGUCACUGGGGAUCAGGAAGGAUGUGGUACAGACAGCAACGUUUUCGUUACCAUUCAUGGUCGGACUGGAAUUACGCCGCGUAUUGAAUUAGCACCAGAACUGUUGAGAGAAAAUAGCACGAAGCAUCUGCCGUUUACCAGAGGAACUAGCAGUACAUUCACUGUGCGGGCUCCCAGUGUCGGUGCGUUGACUAAAAUUCGAAUCAGUCAGAAUGCAUCGGGACGUUUUCCACACUGGUUCAUUGAACGUGUCGUUGUAACGAAUUUGGCCCAUCCAAAGUGGACUUAUUACUUCAAUUGUUCCUUUUGGUUGUCCCCAUCUUACGCGGAUGGAAAGCUCAGUCGACUGGUCAGGGGAUUCCGCGAACCAACAGGACUUGGAGGA